AUGGAGACGGACUGGGAAGCAAAGGAGAGACAAAGGAGAGAAGACAAGCACGUCCCCUUUCAGGCCUAUCAUACCCCUCCCCUCAACCCUUCCUCGCCUACCCUUCACACCCCUCGUCGACCCGCCAUCCCUCGCUCCUCAUCCUCUUCGGCGCUCGAUACUCCUCUUUCAGCAUCCUCCAGCUCCGGCCGAAAGAAGACACUCUGGGGACAGCAAUCUACACCGCCUUCGACAUCUUCCACGCCGGCGUCCCUCCCUCAUCUCAUGCCCACCAGAAAACCCGCUUCUGGACCCUCUAUGCCUACCUCUUCCAUCGGUAGAGAAGCAAUGUCCGAGUCUGGCUCGAUGCAGGGCAGUCCAGCGCCGGGUCUCACCAAGAAGCGCUCGUCCGGCCAGCUCCUGGCGAGCUUCGGCAAGGGUCUGAGCAGGGUCGGGUCGGUGAUGAAGCGGACUCCGAACAAGACGGCGACGGCGGACGUCGCGCUAUCUCCAACCUCGACCCCGCUGAGGCCUACUCCGACUAGGCAGGGCUCCAGGCUGGGUCUGAGCAAGCAAGGGAGCAUACGGCGGCAGGUACAGCAGGGAAGCUGGAGGGGAAAGAGGGCUGAGACAGGGCCGGAGGCGGUGCAGGAGGAAGAUGAAGAGGGAGGUGAUGGAUAUCGGGAUAUGGGUUGGCAGCCGGAUGCAGGACCGGGAGGAGUAGUGGAUGUCGGAGAUGAGGGAAUAGGUCUGCCUUUCAAUGUUACCCAUGAGCUACACGUUACACCAGGUCUCCACGGGAUGCCGACCGCAUGGCACCAAGAGCUCAAAGCUGCAGGCAUGACAGAUGCGCAGCUCCUCAUGAUCGCCGCGGCCCGGCAGCGCCAAGCGGCAGUGACGCUCAAGCCUGUCCGCACAGGCUCGACUCGGCGGCCAUCCCAGCGGCGAAAGAAGAGCUCGAACGGCGAAAUCUCUCCUCAGGUAUAUGAUCCUAUCAAGGAGCAAGCAGUCGGGCGGGAUGGCGUCACCCGCAUCAGGCUGAGCGACAAGCCCGCGACCUCCUCGCCCCGCUCGAAACUCCCAGCUCUGACACAUCUUGAUGAUGUCCGCCCGAGCAUGGACGGGUUCCAGACCGCCAGUCCUGGUGCCAACGCAAGCGCGGGUCCUAGUCGGUCCUCUUCCCUUCACCCUUCCCCCAUCGGCAGUCGUCCUCCCUCUGCUUUCGCCUCGCCUACGCGAAGAGGCUCGUCCAAGCGGCUCUCGGAUCAGCUGCGCGGUUUCGCUUCUAUAGAGCUGGAUGCGGUCGGUUCUUGGGCGGAUGACCUGCUGGGGAUGGUGGGCGAGGACAGCGGAAAACAAAGCAGGGGGAAGGAGAUGGGCGAAGAGCCUGCUCCUCCUGUUUCCGCUUUCACCGCUGGACAAGCGAAGUCACCCAAACCUCCCUCUCCGCGCUCUCCCCUGAGGUCUGCGGCAAUCCGGCGCGUUCCCGUCCCGGAGACCUCUGGAGCUCCUCGAUGCAGCACGGAAGCUCCUCAUCCACAGUCCCCCACAUCCAGCUACUCGCAUGCCGCCAAGCACACCCGCCAACCCAGCUCGUCCCGAUCGGCCACGAGCAACCGCACCGCCCAAGAACCCGGAUCGUGCGAGACGCUCGGAGCGGCACCGGUCGAAACGCCUUUCACACCCGAUCAGCCUACUCCUAUCCCCCGGACCGGCCACGGAGUAGUAUCCGCCGAGUAUACGACGCCAAUGAUGAGCAUGACGCACUCGCACUCCCAGUCCCUGUCCACCGCGGAAGAUCUGGAGGUCCGCACACCAUCCACAUCGGAGAAUGAUGAUGGGCGGCCGCCGGUCUCGGCUGCUCUCUUUCCGGCGUCGGACCAGCGCUGUCACGGAACGGAAGGGACGGGGUGGGUGACGCCCAAAAAGCCCGGGUCUGGAUCCGGUCGAGACGCCCUCGGUCGGCUCGGCGGACCCAUCGAGCUUUCGAUCCAGUCAUCCCUCACACCUACCAAACCACUUCCCAAAGACGCCGACAACCCCAUCUCCCCCCGGAGUCAACGCUUCGAAGACCUCGAGGCGGACUAUGAUCUCUCCAUCCCAUCUCCCCUCCGUCCGCCGCCCAACCCACACUUCUCCCUUCCAGCCAGCGCGGCCUCGGACGCGGAGGACGACUACUUUGAUCCGAACAGUUUCUCGGGGAUGCCGGAGCCAGGCUCGCCGAUCCUGAAACCGGCGGAUCUCAAGCUGAUCGGGGCGGAACGGUAUGGCGGUUUAGCAUCCCGCGGGACGAGCGACGACGAGCACCAUCAUAAUUCCGAUGUACCGAAGGACAGGGACAGGGAGCGGAUGGAGGGGAUGCGAGGGUCAGGCCUGGACUCGAGGAAGCAGAGCGAGGGAUCUAUCAUUAUGAUACAUCCUUACUCGCCUUCAGAGCUAAAGGGGCGGGGAUCGCGGAUCGGCAGUGAAGCAUCGGCGUACAGCCAUCCGGGUUCGCGUCAGGGCAGCGAGUCGUCUGGACACCCCCAUAGUCGGAAGGCUUCCGCCGCGGGAUCGCGCAAAGAUAGCGGAGGGUCCAACUUGGCCCUUGGCGCUGCGAUCCCGGAGGUUCACCCGAGGACUCCGGCGCUGGUUAUGGCGCCUCACCGACUCUCCUUCCCCUCGGUCAUCGCUGGUGGCAUACCGGCGAGCCCACAAGCUCCAGCUCUUCCGCUCCCAAAGUCCGAUCUCGAGCCGGUCAUGCCCCAGAUCGACGAACAGGAGCUCAAGCCCGACUCUCCACAUAGCGAAGAGGACCACCUCUCUCCCCUCCCCCCACAUCCCCCACUGCUGCAGCAUCUCUCACACCGUACUUCUGCACGCUCUCUCCGCUCAUCGUCCGCGCAAGCACUUCACGGACAGAUGGAGGAUCCCCGAGGCAGUAUGGCCUACUCUACAUUCUCGGGCGAGUCUGAAGACUAUAGUCGGGAUAGCCUACUGGGCGCGAGGGUGUUGACUGCGCAGAAGCAGGUGCUGGGCGGACAAGAUGUGGGGCGGAUGAGUGUGUGGAGUCUGAGUGGAUAUAUGGGGGAUGAGGCGGGAGCCGAGGAGGACGGAGGGGAUGCGUCACGAGUAGGCGAGGGCGUCAAGGCGAAGGAUCGGCAUCUUCGAGUCCGCCAAUUGUAG